AUGGCUGAUGUCAACUUCACAUUUGUUACUGAGUUUAUCUUCUUGGGAUUGACGGAUCGUGAUGAGCUCAAGGCUUUUCUCCUCCUAUUGUUUCUUUUGAUCUAUGUCAUUUCCUUGGUGGGGAAUCUGGGAAUGUUUAUUCUGAUCCACGUAACUCCCAAACUCCACACACCCAUGUACCACUUCCUUCGCGCUCUGUCAUUUGUGGAUGCCUGUUAUUCAACAGUAUUUGCACCCACAUUGCUGCUAAACUCCUUUGUUGAGAGAGAGAGCAUCUCAUUCUCUGCAUGCAUCCUGCAAUACUUUUUGUUCGCAUCACUGCUUACCACAGAGGGCUUUCUCCUGGCUGCAAUGGCUUAUGAUCGCUACGUAGCCAUUGUGAACCCUCUAACUUACACAGUGGCUAUGACAAAAAUGCUAUGUGUUCUGCUAGUGUUGGGUUCAUGCAUAGGAGGUACUGUCACCUCAUUGACACAUACAAUUGGCUUAAUGAAGCUGUCCUUCUGUGGCCCUAACGUCAUCAGUCACUUCUUCUGUGACCUUCCUCCUCUGUUGAAGCUGUCCUGUUCUGACACCUCCAUGAAUGAACUGCUGCUGUUGGUCUUCUCCGGAGUCAUUGCUAUGACUACACUUUUAACUGUGGUGCUCUCCUACAUCUUCAUUGUUGCUGCUAUCCUGAGGAUCCGCUCAGCAGCAGGCAGACGCAAAGCCUUCUCCACCUGUGCCUCCCAUCUGACGGCGGUGACUCUGUUCUAUGGUUCCAUCAGCUUCAGUUACAUUCAGCCAAGCUCUCAGUACUCCUUGGAACAGGAAAAGGUAGUAUCUGUGUUUUACACCCUGGUGAUUCCCAUGUUGAAUCCAAUGAUUUACAGUUUAAGGAAGAAGGAAGUAAAGGACGCUGUGAAAAGAGUAAUAGAGACGAAGUAUUCCAAAAAUUAA